AUGUCGCCUGUGGAAGGGCUAUCGGACGCUCAUGUCGUUCUUCUGGCUACACAUCUUUGUGCAGCUGGCGAUAUAUCUGGCCUGUCGGCCCUCAAGUCGCUCCAUCCCCACUGUUUCCCAACGGAACGCUUCCUGCGCAUUAUCUUGACGUACCUCCCGGAGAGCACAGAACCUACGGCAUAUAUCCCACUCCUACAACAGUCGACGGAGAACCAAACAGUCGAACCUGGAGAUGCCAAGAUUGAUACAUCGGCUGUCAGCAGUUUAAGCGAGGAGCUUGCGCGGAAACGAGUGCAAAAGCUCCGUCUCAGACCAUUGCUGCGCGACGAUGAGGAGCAAGAAGUCCAGUCCGCAGAUCAUUUGACACAGUUUAUUAUCCACCGAGCGCACUUGGUCGACACUGAAACCGCCCUUCAACCUCUCAUCCUGAGCCUCACCUUCCCGUUCUUUGAAAGUCGCCCCGUUCUUCGCACAUGGUUGAUCUCAAGCCUUCUUCCAGCUUUGCGACUCAACUACGAAUUUUACCCAGAUCGCGAGGAGACCAUAUCACUAGCAGUUCUGGAGUCGAUGGACGAUCAGACUGCGAUCAAUGUGCUGUUAUCAAUAACAAACUCCAAGGGCAACGAGAUGGACUUGGUCAAUAAUCUGAGAGGCCUAAUCGGACCGUGGUUGUAUGGAAGCAGUCGGACGAAGAGGCGCAGGUUGAAUGAGAACGCUCGUCAAAAUACAAUUUCCUUCGUCCAAGGAACGCCCAAACCGCAACUCGAUGACUUGGCUGGCUGGGAAUACGUGAAUGAAUGGUUGCUUUCAAGAAGCCUCUCAGAUUACAACAGCGUCGUUAGUGCUUUCACCCGUUGGAAAGGCCCGGGGGAUAUUGACCUUGGAGGCUACGAUGACCCGGACACUCAAUUGCCCGCCGAAAAGAAAAAGGAACUUCUUUCCCGUUACGCCCAAGCUGGGCUAUCUGUGGUCUAUGCACAUGCCGACCCGUCACAAUCUGCCUUGGAUCGGUCAUUCCAGAUCGUAGAACGCGUGACAAAGCUUCUAGAACUCGAGGAGUUCUCGUACUUGAGCGCUAGUGACACAUCUCUCCCAUCCGUGGACUUUGACGCCGAGCGCAUAUCCUCUACUUCACGGGCCUCGCUCUUUCAAAAUGCCCUGUUAAUACGUGCGAACCCCUUGACUCGGCCAUCAUCGGCCUCUGUGUCCUUCUUGAGUGCUUUGUUGCUCUCUCUACGAAUUAUGACGCAAUUCGGCUAUCCCAUUCAAUGUCGAGCGGCAGCGACCAUUUGUCUGCACAAUGGCGAGGAUGCUCAGUUGGCAGAGGUUAGGAACCUAAUAUCCGCGGCUGUCAAACAACAAAGAACGCGAGAGAGCUGGGAGGUGGCCCGGUCACAGCUGCUUUGGCUACGGAAUUGGCAAGCAGAUCACUCAAGGACUGUUGAUGACAAGCCAUGUGCUCCCCACCACGGAUUGUUCUGGAAGAUUUCGCGCUAUACAAUCGAAAGGGAAAUCCUCAAAGCCCUGCUCGAGGCCAAGGAGUAUCAAUUGGCCGCAAAGAUCUAUCUUCAACCGGGAUCACCCAUGAAUGUCGAGCAAGUCGAGGCGGCUGUAGUAGAGGCCAUUUUUGCAGCUUAUGAUAAUGCAAGUAAUGGCAAUCGAACUCGAGGCGGCAUGCUAAAAGCCAACGACCUUCUACAAGCUUUCGAACCUCAUUUCCCAUCGUCUGUCAGUUUAAAGCAAAUCAGUGCUCUUAUCGCUGCGACGCAUGCCCUGUCUUUCUACUCUCUUACCCUACAACAUGGCGUACCUUUUGAGCCAGUGAACAUCCGGGUGCACCCCGACCCUCUGUGCCUGGUUGAAAAAGUGCUUGACCAAAACAAGAACAGCUACACGAAAUUGGACGAUCUCUUAUCGAUUGGCCGCAACCUUGUGAAGGCUGGUCUUUCAAUGAGUCCAUCGCCAGCCGAUCAAGAGUCCCAUUACCAGCAGGAGCAGCUUUCAGAGGAAGACGCACUUGUCACAGCCGAACGGCGGAUCACCUCUCUCGCCAUUUCCUCCGCGUUGAACUCCGACGACUUUGGUACAGCGUAUUCAUAUAUACUCACCCGUCUCACACCAUCAUCCAUGUUACCGACAUCCACUCCUCUGCUCUCCCAGUCGGCUCUUCCGGACGACGUCUCCUGGCGCGCAGUGUAUAACGCAGGCCGUUACCGCUCCGCGUCACCCAAUCCAUCCGCGUCUCUGCAGUCCCAAAUCACCCAUCUCUCCCAACGAAUGGAACUUCUUUCUCUUGCUUUAAUCCUUGCCCCUUCACCAGAUCCUCUUCCAGAGAUUCUCGGUGCCUGGCGCCGCUGUGACGAGGAGAUGUCCUCGCUCCGCGCACGAGAACAACAAGAAGAAGAUGUCUGGGAUGCCAAAGGCGACAGCCUCUCAACAGUUCCAGGUGGUUUCGGCCCCACCGAUUCCGAACGCGAUGCAUUUGACACAGCCCAACAACGCACGGCUCGACGUGCUCGUGCCCGUUCGGCUAUGCCGCGGAAUCAUCCGCACGAGGCGCCCAUGGGGCUCUUCGAGGUUGCACGGGGUGCGGCAAUGGCCUUGCAUAAGAAUGCCUUUCCAUUACGUGGAGCCUCGGACACUUCUCGUCCAUCGGCGAGUGUGAGCACGGCGGAUGCUGACCGCUCUAUCUCGCCUGACGACGGCGAAGGCCGCGUGCGAAAGAGGGACAUGGUCAGUAACAUCGUCACGGGUGGGUUGGCCAGUGGUAUCGGAUGGGUCUUGGGCGCGGAUCCAGUGAAGCGGUAG